AUGGGUGUGCAUGUGCAGGCUUGUGUGUCUGUCGGUGUGGCCGGGGGCAGGCUGAUUUUCCGCCGUGCAGACAAAAACGACGAUGGAAAACUGUCCCUGGAGGAGUUCCAGCUCUUCUUUGCAGACGGUGUCCUCAAUGAGAAAGAACUGGAGGCUCUCUUUCACACUAUUGAUUCUGACAAUACCAACCACGUGGACACCAAGGAGCUGUGUGAUUACUUUGUGGACCACAUGGGGGACUAUGAGGACGUCCUGGCCUCCCUGGAGACCCUGAAUCACUCUGUCCUGAAGGCUAUGGGCUACACCAAGAAGGUGUACGAGGCUGGGAGCAACGUGGACCAGUUCGUGACCCGCUUUCUCCUGAAGGAGACGGCCAACCAGAUCCAGUCGCUGCUGAGCUCCGUGGAGAGUGCCGUGGAGGCCAUUGAGGAGCAGACCAGCCAGAUCCGACAGAACCACGGCAAACCCGGUGUGGCCGAGACCUGGCAUGGAAGCCCUGCUCUCCCCUGUGCCCCCAACCACAAGCCCAUGGCCACGGAGCAAGGGAAGGGCCUUCGGGCUGUCUCUGAGGACCUGAAGGAGGAAGGCCUGGAAGCCCAGAUCAGCCGGUUGGCAGAGCUCAUUGGGAGGCUGGAGAGCAAGGCACUGUGGUUUGACUUGCAGCAGCGCCUCUCAGAUGAGGAAGGCACCAACAUGCACCUGCAGCUGGUCCGGCAGGAGAUGGCUGUGUGCCCCGAGCAGCUGGGCGAGUUCCUGGACUCCCUGCGCCGGUACCUGCGUGGCACCGCUGGAACAGGAAACUGCUUCCACAUUGCUGCUGUGAGGCUGUCGGACGGCUUCACUUUCGUCAUCUACGAGUUCUGGGAGACGGAGGAAGAAUGGAAGAGGCACCUGCAAAGCCCCGUGUGCAAGGCGUUCCGGCAUGUCACAGUGGACACGCUCAGCCAGCCUGAGGCCCUGUCCAGGAUCUCGGUGCCAGCUGCGUGGUGCACUAUGGGCCGAGACUGACCGUCCACCGCCGAGGCCUGCGAGGAGCUGCCCCUGCCCCUUCUUCUUGUAAAGGGCAUCUCCCCUUUUCUAGAAACUUCGGUAUGUGAGCUGUCUUUUCAACUCGCUCCUCCACGAGAACGUGCCUCCCCGCCCUGAGACGUGCCAGGUCCCCUUCCGCCUCCCCAAGCCCCCCGGGGCUGGCAGAGCAGCGGCUGUGCUGUCGGGUCCUGCAAGCCAGAGGCUGGGGUGACAGGGGCUUCUGGGAGCCAGCCCCCCCCACAUUCCCAGCCUCUCCCCACCCCUUAGACAGCCACGCAUGCCCCACCCCCACUAGGCCUGGGCCUCUGGCCUCUAUUCCAACUGCUGAGGCCCAGCAGGACUCGCCCCUGCCAGUGCCACUGCUCUGUCCCCGCCUUCCCUGUGGACCUCCCUCUACCUGGUAGAGCCGCGACCCCGUAGUGCCCAACCCAGGCCUGGGCCGGGCCCGCGUGUGGCAGUAGACCCCAUGUAGCCAGUGUCCGGAGAGGCUGGCGGCCACCGCAGGCACAGGCACCAAAUAAAUGCUGGUUGGGAACGGC